UUAAUAAAUAACAAUAAUAUGCCACGCUGUCUGAUGAAGUCGAUAGUGAGAUAUCACAAAGAAAAUAUUUAUGGAGAUAAAUUACCUCGAUACAGUGGUGCGUCGGUGUCAGGGAUCUCCAAGAAGAAGUCGAAUAACAUCAAAGAAGCUAAAGGAAGUAACAAUAUUAAUUAUUCGUCUUUGCCAAUUAUGACAAGAUAUUAUUUUAAUAAAAAUAACUUACUGAGUGAUCAAGUACCUCUGGGAUUAAGAUUAAAUCUCGUUGAAUUUGAUGAUAAUAACCAUAAUGAUUAUUCGACUAGUAGAAUAAAUGAGUUUAACCUGGAAAAUAAUUAUAACUAUAGUUUAUAUCAAAAUGAAAUUGUUGAUAAUUUUACCGAGGAGAAAUCAGAGAUCCAGUAUGUCAAGAGUGAUAUUAGUGAUAAUAUAUUUAAUAAUAUAAAUCAAUUAGAUAUUACUGGAAAAGAAAUUCAGAGUGAUGAGAACAGAAAAAAUAGCAAAAAAAACAAGGUUUUACAUUAUUGUCCUUACUGUAACAAAAGUUUUGAUCGUCCCUGGGUAUUAAAAGGACACUUGAGACUACAUACUGGUGAAAGACCUUUCCAGUGUCCUGUUUGUCAAAAAUCAUUUGCUGACAGAUCAAAUUUGCGAGCGCAUCAAAGAACAAGAAAUCAUCAUGAAUGGCAGUGGAAGUGUCAAAUUUGCUUGAAAGCAUUUUCUCAGCGACGUUAUUUAGAUCGUCAUUGUCCCGAAGCUUGUCGCAAAUAUCGUUUGUCACAAAAACGCGGAGAUUAA